UGAGUUAUCAGAAGAUUUGGACAUCUCACUUCUCUAUUACUCUGAUUUGGGUUCGAAAAAGUUAUCGUCUUGAGCCCUUCAAUUGGGUAACGGUGCCUUUUGGAGUAUAAGUUUUGUUGCUGUCUGGAUUUCUUUCUUGAUUCUGUGAAUUGGGUGUCGAAGAAUUUGGUCUAUAGAUACGGAGAUGGUUCUGCUUUUUUCCAGAGCUCAAAAAUGAAGUACAAGUGCAUUGGUCCAUUGAGAAUGUUUACAGUUAUACUGGGCAUAUUGGUGUUUGUACAGUUUCCCGGCAACUGUGUCUCCGGAUCAGUAGUUUGGUCAAAGGUUUGUGGAGCUGAUGAGUUCACCUAUACGAGGUCUCUAGACCAUGAGUUAUUUUACAUAAACGGGAACAAAGUAGACAAAGUUUCUUUCUGCGAGACCUUUGAAUUCUACUAUAGAAAUGGAUGUUUUUUGAAUUUGGGUCUGGAAGAAUGGGGAAGACUUGGAAGGAACAACUGUAGUUUGGAGAUCUACCCAGGGCAGUUGCCUCAAAGGGGAGGGAGAAGAUCUCUGCGUGAUUUGGGAACUGAUCAAUCUACCCUCCGCAUGCUUAGUCAGAGAAGUCACCGAAUAGAAACGAACCAUGUUCCCAGUUCUUGGAUGGCCCCAAGGAACAUUACUAUGCUUGCAUCUGGAAUGUUGCUUCUAUAUUGCAGUUUCCUCUGUGCUCGCUCUCGUUCCAAAAGGAACGUAACCAGUGCAAACGUCCUUGCAAAGGAACCGAAUUCAAUUGAUUCAGCUUCUUCUUUAGGAAUAAGUUUUGUGCCUGCCCCAAGUCCACUUCGAGUGCCACCUAGUCCUCGAUUUGAGAUGCACCCACAAUUGGAUAGAAUUGGAUCAGUGCAGCUCAGUAUGAGUCAGAUUGUCAAAGCCACUCAGAAUUUCUCCCCAUCAAUGAAGAUAGGUGAAGGAGGCUUUGGAGCUGUCUACAAAGCUGAGUUGCAAGAUGGUCAGGUUGUUGCUGUUAAACGAGCAAAGAAGGAACAAUUUGGCAAUUCACGAACUGAAUUCAGCAGUGAAGUUGAACUACUCGCUAAAAUCGAACACCGAAAUCUGGUGAGAUUACUUGGUUAUGUUGAUAAAGGAAAUGAACGCGUUAUUAUUACUGAGUAUGUUCCGAAUGGUACUCUUAGGGAGCAUCUGGAUGGUAAGCGUGGAAAAGUCUUGGACUUCAAUCAGCGGCUGGAAAUUUCCAUUGACAUUGCUCAUGCCCUCACUUACCUCCAUCAAUAUGCAGAGAAGCAAAUAAUUCACCGGGACGUGAAAUCAUCCAACAUUCUACUGACAGAGAGCUACAGAGCCAAGGUGGCUGAUUUUGGGUUUGCACGACUUGGUCCAAUGGAGACCGACCAGACACAUAUAUCAACCAAAGUGAAGGGGACUGCGGGUUACCUUGACCCAGAAUACCUGAGGACCUACCAACUCACUCCCAAGAGUGAUGUGUUUUCAUUUGGAAUUUUGCUUGUAGAAAUUCUUACUGGCCGUCGACCAGUGGAGAUGAAAAGACCUGCUGAUGAAAGGGUCACAGUCAGAUGGGUUUUCACGAAGUAUAGUGAGGGAAAUGUGGUGGAGCUUGUAGAUCCUUUAAUGAAUGAAAUGUUACCUGUAGACAUAUUAGUGAAAAUGUUCAAUUUGGCAUUCCAGUGUGCUGCACCUACACGGACUGACCGGCCAGAUAUGAAAGAAGUGGGAGAGCAACUGUGGGGAAUAAGAGUGGAGUAUCUUAAGAGUGUCAAACGAGUGUAGUAAGUGCAAAUUUGGAUUUGUUUUCUACUUAAACUCAGUUUGUAGUUUGCUACCUGUGGACAGAAGCUGGUUUUGAAGAAAAGUUACAUUCUAUUCAUUCUUCUUUUUUAAAAUGUAGACCAUGGUUGAUGGUUUAUGUCUAAAUUGCCAGCCUGGAAUUAAACUUU